CUCCCUCACAACAAGUAGGGCUGGAGAUCGACAUGCAGACGUGUUUUGUUCGUUGCGAGCGACUGAGCUCGGAGAACACGUGCUCAAAACUGAGCUCGAUCCGCAAUGAAAAUUCGCUAAUAUUGCCUAUAAAUCAAGCCACAGCCGGCGCCAUGUCGAAUCGAAUACUAGAAAGCCGCCGCAGCAAUGGAAGACAAGCAGCUUCUCGCCGUGGCCGUGGCCGUGGCCGUGGCCGUGCUGCUCGUCGUCGUCCUCUGCAAGCGGCGGAAGCCCAGGCCCAACCUGCCUCCCGGCCCGUGGACGCUGCCGGUGAUCGGCAGCCUCCACCACCUGAUGCGCAGCCCGCUGCUAUUCCGUGUCCUGCGCGGCCUGGCGCACAAGCACGGGCCGCUCAUGGCGAUCCGCCUCGGCGAGGUGCCUGCGGUGGUGGCGUCGUCGGUGGAGGCGGCGCAGGCGAUCCUCAAGACGCACGACGCCGCGUUCGCUGACCGGUUCGCCCCUGCCACCUUCGCCACGGCCGCCUACGACGCCACCGACCUGAUACUCUCGCCCUACGGCGAGCGGUGGCGCCAGCUCCGCAAGGUCGUCGUGCAGGAGAUGCUCACCGCCGCCCGGGUGCAGUCGUUCAGGCACAUCCGCGAGGAGGAGGUGGCGCGGUUCCUGCACGACGUCGCCGCCUCCGCCGCCGCCGGCGCCGCCGUGGACUUCUCCAACGGGGUCUUGAAGCUCGUCAACGACACCUUCGUGAGGGAGUGCGUCGGCAGCCGGUGCAAGUACCAGGACGAGUACCUCGACGCCAUCCACGGGGCGAUUCGCCUGUCGUCGGGGAUCACCGUCGCCGACCUCUACCCGUCUUCCAAGAUGAUGCAGAUGCUCGGCACGGCGCCGCGCAAGGCUCUCGCGUGCCGGCGGAGGAUUGACCGCAUCCUCAAGCAGAUCAUCCAGGAGAACAAGGAAGCCAUCACGGACCACGAGAGCUUCGUUUCCGUCCUGCUCAGGCUCCAGAACGAGGGCGGCAUGCCCAUCGAGCUCACCGACGAGACCAUCACGGCUCUCAUGUUUGACAUGUUGGGUGCGGGCAGCGACACCUCGUCGACCACGCUGAACUGGGCCAUGACGGAACUGAUCCGCUCCCCGGCGGCCAUGGCCAAGGCGCAGGCCGAGGUGCGAGAGGCCUUCAAAGGGAAGAGCAACGUCACCGAGGAUGACGUCGCCGGGCUUAGCUACCUCAAGCUAGUGUUCAAAGAAACCCUAAGGCUGCAUCCCACUUCACCUCUCCUGAUCCCACGUAAAUGCCGGGAGACGACUCGAGUCAUGGGCUACGACAUCCCCAAGGGCACAACCGUGUUCGUCAAUGUGUGGGCAAUUGGUAGGGACCCUAUGUACUGGGACGAUGCUGAGGAGUUCAAGCCAGAACGGUUCGAGACCAAUAACCUAGAUUUCCGAGGGACAAACUAUGAGUUCCUCCCGUUCGGUGCCGGCCGUCGUAUGUGCCCGGGCAUCAACCUUGGGCUGGCCAACAUAGAGCUUGCACUGGCAAGCCUUCUCUACCACUUCGAUUGGAAGCUUCCUCAGGGAAUGGAGCCUAAAGAUGUCGACGUAUGGGAGACUGUAGGAGUGGUUGCAAGUAAGAAAACAAGCCUUAUGUUGCAUCCCGUUACUUUCAUUCCUCCACCUGUUGCUUAAAAAGUUAAGGUACACAUGCAUAAUAGUAUGGUGCAUGGACAAGUAUAUAUGGCAGGAACCAUCGCAUGCUUUAAUGAUUAUUCAGAUUGCAAAAAUUCAGUGUUAGAACCUGUAUUACAUAUGAUUAUUAUUGUGGCAAAGUGUUAGGACCUGUGUUACAUGAGUGUUAUGCAAUGAACUACAUUUUUCCUUUCGGAAGAAGUUCAUUUUUUGCC